AUGAGGUAUUUGGAAGGACCAUCGGAGCGAAUCGAAAGAGUAGAAAACCUCACCAAUGAGCAGCGAACCUCACUGGUUGCGAACGGGGAUGUUGCAACGAAAGUACAAUGCACAGUACCAGGAUUUCGAUACAUCAUCCUCAUCGUUUCCGCAUUGUGCCUUACAUCGUUACUUUCUAAUAUGACAACUUAUAACUUCACAAAGAUUUGUAUGAUACCUUCAAAUGACACCGCUAAUGAAGAACCAGAACAGUACAACAAGAAGCAGCAAAGCUGGUUACAAGCUUCCGUGGCAAUUGGUGCACUGACCGCCUCAAUUCCAUAUACUUACCUGUUCGAACAUUACACAAAGAAAUGGGUGUUUCUCUCAGCUGGAAUAAUUUCAGCAGUGUCCACUGCGCUGGUCCCUUUGGCUCACGUGUAUGGCUUCAGAUUCUUCCUGUUGGCCAGAACAUUUCAGGGCGUAGCUUUCUCCGCAACGUUUCCGAUCAUCGGAGCAGUUACCGCCGACUGGGCAGUGCUGACCGAGCACGGUUUGUUCGUCGGUUUGCUCACUGGAUGCACGCAACUCAGCAAUAUGUUCACGAUGCCUGUCUCUGGUAAGUUGAUGAGUAAAACAGCAACAUCAAAGCGAACGAACUCAACUCCAAUACGCAGUUUUGCAGGCGCACUCUGCUCAACAGCGUGGGGCUGGCGGUCUGUCUACUACGUCCACGCUGGACUGUCCGUAAUAGCAUUCGCUCUGUGGACGAUUUUCUACAAAGACGAUCCAGAACAUCAUUCCAUGGUCAAUGGGCAAGAACUGAACAAACUCCAGCAUGGCAAAGUAUCGAAGACAAAGAAGCACACCGGUGGUAUCCCAUAUGGUAAAAUUGUGACGUCCAAGACUCUAUGGGGUGCCUGGAUAGCAGCUUUUGGUGACUUGUUGGCUGUUCAGCUAGUGGCCAUGUUCAAUCCGCAAUACCUGAACGACUACCUCCAUUAUAAUGUUCUCAAAACAGGUUUCCUGGGAGCACUUCCUGUUGCAGUUCAGUUUGGUCUCAAAUUGCUAGGAGGUGUAUCUAGUGAUGCGCUGACGUGUAUAAAUGAAACUACUAAACUCCGUGUAUAUAACUCCCUUGCUCUUGGUGGUUCAGCCAUUUUCUUCGCCAUUUUGGCAUUUGUUCCUCGAGAAAACAACGUCACGGCAAUUGUUGUUCUUGUGUUUGCUGAAAGUUUACUCGGACUCAAUACGGCUGGUUUCAACAAGUGCGCCACACUGCAUUCACGACAGUACGGCCACUUUGUGAUGACACAAGUGGGUUUUCAAGUGCAUGACGCAAGUAACAGAAACCUGGCUGUUGUACUGCUUGAGGAGCUCCUACUCUUGAGAGAGCUGGAAAAUGCCGAUCUUCAGAGUGGAUAG